AUGCCCAAGAACAAGGGAAAGGGCGGUAAGAACCGUCGUCGUGGAAAGAACGAGAACGACAACGAGAAGCGUGAGCUUGUUUUCAAGGAGGAGGGCCAGGAGUACGCGCAGGUCGUGAAGAUGCUCGGUAACGGCCGCCUGGAGGCCCUGUGCUUCGACGGCGAGAAGCGCCUGGCACACAUCCGUGGCAAGCUCCGCAAGAAGGUCUGGAUCAACCAGGGCGAUAUCAUCCUUCUCUCGCUCCGUGACUACCAGGACGAGAAGGGCGACGUCAUCAUGAAGUACACUGCCGACGAGGCCAGAAGUCUCAAGGCUUACGGCGAGUUGCCCGAGCACGCCAAGAUCAACGAGACCGACACCUACGGUCACGAGGGCUUCGAGGACAACGUCGAGUUCGACGAGGACCGCGAGAGCGAAGACGAGAAGGAGAUUGAUGUCGACGAGCUCUAA